AUGGCUCCCAAGAAAAAGGAACAGCAGAAGAUGUCCCUCGGGGACUUCUUGACUGACACGAAGUUGGGAUCAUGGGCCGAUGAGAUGGAGGAUAUGCCAGUUUACUCACGCCCUUCUGGAUAUGGCGGAAGCAGUAACGAGAGACGUACAUACAGCGCUACUACUGGUACUUUUGGUAACAGUACUGGAGGUUAUUCCGUUCGCGAGGAACUGCCUCUUCCUGACAAGCCACCUUACACUGUUCAUCUUGGAAACCUUUCAUUCGAUGCCACCAUUGUCGAUGUUAAUGAUUUCUUUGGAGGCUGCGAGUGUAUCAAUGUUCGCAUCAUCGAGGACAAGAUGGAAAUGAAACCAAAGGGAUUCGGAUAUGCAGAGUUUGGCUCUUUGGAAGGUCUCAAGUCCGCCUUGGCUUUGAACGGAAGUCAAUUCCAAGGACGUAAUAUCAGAAUCAGUGUUGCUGAUCCCCCCAAGGAUCGCGGUGACCGUCCUGAUGCACGAGAAAUCACCGAUUGGAGCAGAAAGGGACCCUUGCCAGAUUUGCCAGGUCGCUCAGGAGAGCGUCGCCCUUCGGAUCGAGGAUACCAAUCCAGUCGAUUUGGCGAGGAAGGCGGCGAGCGUAGACCCUCCCGUGAACCCGAAAGUGAUGGCAAAGUCCGAGACUUCGGAAACUGGGAGCGAAAGGGCCCACUCUCACCUCUCGCCCAACAAGAACGUGCUCCAAGAGAAGGUGGCAGACCAGGAACAACCGAUGGACCCAGGGCUGAAGGUUUCAGAGACCGCAAAGCUUCACCAGCCGCUUGGGGUGAAGGCAGAUCUCAAGGUCAAGGCUCCGGCUCGCAAGACGGAUCCAGACCACCCAGACGCGAGUUCCAGGAGCGCCCCGCCGUCGAGCGUGCACCCACCGCUGCCGAUCAAGACAGCCAAUGGCGUAGCAAGAUGCGACCUGACGCACCAAUUGCACCAGCUGCAAAGUCACCCGUUCCAUCUCGCGAAGGCAGCGAGGCGCCAGCUUCUCCAGCCCUUCCUUCUGCCCCCGCUGGUGGUAGGCCUAGGUUAAACCUCGCAAAGCGUACUGUUACGGAGGCCCCUACUGAUUCGUCUUCGCCAUCUGCUACAGGAGAUGCCAAGGCAAGCCCAUUCGGAGCUGCUCGUCCAAUUGAUACCGCCGCCAAGGAGAAAGAAAUUGAGGAGAAGCGACAACAAGCUGUCAAAGAGAAGAAGGAUGCCGACGAAAAGGCUAAGCAGGAAAGGGAGGCUGCUAAAGCUAAGGAGAUCGAGGAUAACGAGAAGAAGGUUGAAAUUUUACAACGUGAGGGCGAAGAAGAAGCAGCAAAGGAAGGAGAGACAAUUGAAACUGAGAACGCAAAUGGUGAGAUCGUUGAUGAUAAGGCUGUCAAACCAAAAGAGAUUGUGCGUGAUGCCCGACCAAAGCCAUCCGACACUAGUGAUGCCCGACCAAAGCCAUCUGACACUGGUGCUUGGAGACGCCCAUCAUCUGGCCCUAAACCACCCAGAGAUGAUAUUCCAAGAGGCCCAAGGGGUAGAGGUGAUGGUCACCAUGCACCAAGAGGUCCAAGAAACCAUGAUGGAGGAAGAAACUACAGACAUAACGCAAAUGGUGGUGGACAAAGUGCAGCUGCACCAGCCCAAGCCCAGAAUCCUGCCGAGACAACUGAAACUACUGCCAUGGAGGAGGAUGGCUGGAGCACAGUGUCCAAACCCAAGAAAAACAACCGAGGUGGUAACGCAGGCCAACGUGCUAUUGCUUCUUAG